ACGUCAUAUUCUUGAGAGACUAGAAGAGAGAGAAUAUAAAAAUCUAGGUCGUAAAAAUUGACCAAUUUAAAAUAUAAUUUAAGUUUAUUAAUUUGCAACGGUUUACAAUAAGCAAUUAGAUUAUAUUUAGAAUGGUUUGAAAUAUUCAGCAAACUUAUUCGACACAUAACCUCGGUUUCUACAUUGAAAUCUUGAACGGUAACAGUUGCCAUCACAUGUAUGGCAAAACCAAGAUGGCAGACAACUUUACCUCCAACUAUGGCGUGAGAGAGUUGACUUUGGGAGCCAGCUUUACUAACAAUAAAGCAUCACAGUAUCACACUAUCAAAUAUGAUUUCAAACCAGCUUCAGUUGAUGUUAACAAAAUGGCGACAGUGGACGUUGGUAGUAAUAAUCAAGUGACUGUAACUGUACCACAUCUGGAUGGAGCAGGAGUACCCCAAACAGUUUUCAAGGGAAGUCAAAGGCCAUACACAAAGGAAUGUGUGUUAAUCAUAGACAAAAUUACUGGAGAGAUGACACUCGAAAAGUUGUCUAGUAAUAUACAAGUAAAAAAGACAAGACAGGAAUCAGCGAUCAAACCGCGGCCGCUUACGCCGGUGACCGCGGACUUCACCAACACUACUCAAAGGUCCACCUCACGCACCAGGGUCACCACCAACCGGAGAUCAAAUCCUAAUUCCGCCGGUCCGGCAGGUAGCGGUCAGAAUCAAGGUCGCUUCAACGGAAACGUACAAAAGCCUGCACAGAACAUGGUGCGGUCGCCGCCCAGAGUCAAGACGUCGCCGCCGCAAGCGCCUUGGUCGAGUGGCGGCAACAGCACAUUGGCGUCGCUCCCUAUGAUUGAUCUAGACGACCCCACGCCUUCUCAAGCGGCCGCGCCGCAACACAACGGCUACCGACCCGAGCGGAACGAGCGGCCGGAGAAGAUAGAGCGACAGGAGAGAGAGAGACAACCAUAUCAGCAGGAAAUUAGGAAUAAUGUCAACGCUCUCAUACCACCUCCUGUGACGCAACAAAUGCCGGCGUCGCAGGAGGACAGCUCGUCGUCGUCGUCGAGCGACAGCGACAGCAACAGCGGCAGCGACAGCGACAGCGACGACGACAGCGCACAGCAUCCCGCGCACAAGCAACCCAAUGGCGUGCCGAACCCCCUGCUGCCGCGCGACGUGCUCAACGACGAUCUCUGCCUGUCGGAGUCCGGCAGCGACUCAGACUGACCUCACGACAAACUUAUUUAUUCUGUGUUCGGCUGCGCUCGGAUCUGUUCGGGCUGGGGUCUCCUGUCUCGCGGCCGCCCGAGCGAAAACAGUGUCAUAUCCAGGGUACAAUAUUUCUAUGCCUCAUUUCUAUACCUCAUUUGUAAAACAUUUACUACCCUAAAUAGGGUUCCGUCUGAACAGUUCAAAGAACAUCAGUUAGAUAAAAAGAAAUUUGAUUAAUUUUAGUAUUUAACGAGCGUAACUUUCACGCCGUGUUAGAAUUUCGCGUUGGCGAAUCUUAGCUUUGUACUCAUAGACAUAUGAAGCACAAAAUCGUCGAGCGAAAUAUUGCGGAGAUACUGCAAGUUUUUAAUGUAAACUCAGUACAAUUUUGGUUCUUACAAUUUAUUUAAAUAAAGUAAAUUUUUCUGAAAAAAAAAUUGAACAUGCCUUAAAGCGAAAUGCAGGUCGCAUUUCUUUACAUUAUAUUCUAAUUCUAAGGAGUUAUUUUUUUAAUCUGGCUAGCUGUAUGUUCUUUGUGAAAAAAUGUUAUCAUGACUUGAAUAUAUUUUAUAUCAUAAACUAAAAAGCGAGAUUCCAGCCCGAAAAUGAAAUGCCUUUCUAAUCUUUUUACACAAUGAAUGUAUUUUAUUAUAUAGAUUGUAAGAUCACAGACGUCUUGACGUAGGUGAUUUUGGGAAAGCUAAUUUGGCGUCAUUGAUCUUAGUGCUAGAUGUACAUUAUACGUAAUAGCGGAAAUUAUAUUAUAUUUUCAUAGAUGUUUCCAGAAUUCCGCAUUCAAAUGCAUUAAAAAUGUGAUGCCAAUGAAGUCAUUAUUUCUUGAUGACGUCUCAGGUGGAAAUAACGCUUUUCUAAAAUUACCUAAGUCUAAGAUCUAAAAUAAAUCGUAAGUGUACUUUUUGUAACGGCAGUUGUGUUUUUAUAUUUUAUUUUAGUUUUAAGUCUUGUUAUGUUCGUAGUAAGUUGCGAGCGUAUCCAAAAUACUUUGAGCUCCUUCCCUGACUAUAUGUUAUCUCAAUAUUCAAUCAAGCAUAGAAAGUAAAGCACGCUUCCAUCUCAUUAAAUGAAAUUGUUCCGUGCACUCAGAUUAAUAUAUCUUGAACUUCAAGAACACAAAAACAUUGCGCCAUUCCAUGUAACUAUACCAACUAUACUUUCAUUUUUCUUAAUUUCUACUCAUCAUUCGUUAUGUUCCUUACCUUAUCUAAUUAUCUGGGAUCGGCGCAAUGUGUCUGCUUAACUUCUACUGUAUGUACUUUGUUAUAAGUCUUGUGUUUACGGAAUGGUUAAAAGCUCAAAGUAAUAUUGCACUGUUCGUUGAAAUAUAACCUGGAAAUAUGUAGAAGGCGUAUAAUACAAAAUUAGACCAUUUGGCUAACGUUUCAAUCGCUUCAUAAUAUUAUUAUUUUGUCAUCAAUUAUCGCGAGGUUCCCGUUUGGUAACAAUCAAACAGUUUUGUCUUGUCUGAGGCGACCAACUUUCUGGUAACUGGAUGCGGGAUUUUUUGUGGAUGGGAGGGUAUUAUGGGGUGAAUGCGAAGCGAAGUAUGAAGUUUUGGUAGUAUACCUACCAUAAUUACAUAAAAACAAAGAUUAAAUAAAAUGUAUUUUGCACUUGUCGCUUAAAAAAAAAAACAAAGCGAUCACAAGCAAACCGCUUGCAAGUGCAUUCACACAAUGCGUGUAGAUAGAUGCUGCGCUCUUGUUUGUGUGCGUGUUGGGUGUAAUAUAUAUAAGUCUGUGGGUGUAAUCACAGACCAUUUGGUGUAUGUAUUGUGUGUGGUUAUUUAGUAGCUUGCAUAAAUAGGCAUGGUACGUCAAUGCAUUGAAUGAAUAGGCAUGCGGGACAUGCGGGACGCUUCCAACGUUUUGUGGGACUAUUUACUAAUUCGAAAAAAAGCUAUAUUGCGGCAUUACGAGACGGUUCCGCAAAAUACGGGACAGUUGGUCGCCUUAGUCUUGUCAGAAAUAUUCAAGUAAUUUGCUUCGAAAUUUCUGGAUGUUAUAUUUCUACGAAUUCGUCGUCCACUCGGAAACGCUUAAUUGUUUGUAAUAUACUCCUAUUUUAAUUAAAACGUACCGAGGGCCUGUACACGUGGCCUUUAAUAUGUAAUGUACCGUUAAUGUGAAGUAAGAUGUAUGUAUAAAUGUGUUUCACAUGAGUUAUUGAUUUAUGUUUGCCUCAACCACCCUAUGCAUUUAAUUUAACAAAUAACUAAAAAUUAAAGACCAUUCGUAAACAUAAUUUGUACCAAUCAAAAUGUUGCUAUGGGAUAUAAUGUUAUUUUUAUUAAAAUUCAGAAUUAGUCUCGCUAAGUCGAGCUGAGCAGUUGUGUAUAACCUUCUAAUCAGUAACGUUUACCUAACAUUACGAAGCUAAAAUAUUACGCCCAAAAUUAAAUGCCAGAGAUUUGACUCGACCGAAUAUUUUGUUAAAACCUUCAUAGAGAAAUUGAGGCUAAACACACUCGCUUGUACAUUGAUAUCAUAAGUGUAAAUACCCUGAUGUAUAAUUAUUAUAUUAUUUUUAACGAAAUAAAAUAUCAUUUUAUCAAUAA